GAUAAAAACUCUGGCACCAAGAAUAUUCUUUUAACUGCUAUAACUAACUUUUGAAAACAGGCCGCCCACUUUCUUAAUAAAGAAAGAAAGAAAGAAAAAAAAAAAAACCCUACAUUAUUACCAGAGAAAAACAUGGCGUGCCUCUGAUAAUGUCAAUACACAGGUUGUCCACAAACAUGUAUGCAUGUUGUAAUAAAGCCCUUAAAACAAGCGAAUAGGUUGCUAUCCACCUCUAUAUAGUCGCUUGCUUUGGCUGAUUUUCAUUUCAGCCUCGUAACCAAGUUCGUUCCGAUUUCCGUUUCCAAGUUUCUCUACUUCGUUAUCAAGUUCUCUGCUCGCUCAAUCUUCCCACCAAUCUAGAUAACAUCAUGGGAGGCUGCGCGGGCAAACUCAAAGACCAGGAUGUUGACGAGGCACCGGCCCCUGUUGAAGCACCGGCCACCCCAGCCGCCCCUGAGAAGACCGAAUCUGAGACUGUUCCUCAAGAGAAGAAAGAUGACGAGACUAAGGAAGAACCUUUAGUAGAUCUUUCUGAACCAGCUCCAGAGGCUGCGAAAAUCGAGGAAGAAACCCCGGCAACUGAGACAAAACCGGUUCUUGAAGAACAUGUUCCGGUCGAGGCAGAGAAACCAGCAGAGGCGGUAGAGGUGGCCAAGGAGGAGAAAAAAGAAGUAGCAGAGACGGUUGCUGCGUCCAAGAAACCGGAAGUCGAGGCUGCUGCUCCAAAAUCUGAGGAGAAAAGUGAAGCAUAAGGUGUAAGAUUCUGUAUUGUUGUCAAAAUUAGAGAUAUAUGUUGUGGCUCAUGUAAUAAAUUUCUGAAUGAAAAUAGACACAUAUUAAAAAUAUUUUGGUACUUAUUCUGCAUUAAUAUGAUUAUCUGUAUUCCUUAUAUUGAAUUAGAAUUUCAUACCUUGUGGCAGAGAACCGAUACUCGAGUUCAAGAAUCGAGAUAUCCAGAUCCGAGAGCUAAAGCAUCUCUUUUAUUC